GUGGUUGUGCUACGACUUACGGCCCGGCUGACGUGUAAAUGAACGUGUUGAUUUUUUUGUUUUAAAAAUAUAUUACGGAUCCAGACAGCUAUUGUCGCUAAACGUAUCUAUAUAAAAUGGAGUUUUUCAAAUCGAUUCCAACUCAUAUUGAUUAUGUUGGUCAAGCCAAAGCAGAAAAACUGUAUCGAGCUAUCAUUACAUUGUUUAGCAUAGUUGGAUUUAUAUGGGGCUACAUAGUGCAACAAUUUUCCCAAUCUGUUUACAUUUUGGGUGCCGGAUUUAUUUUGGCUUCAAUUCUUACAGUGCCACCAUGGCCCAUGUAUCGCCGCAAUCCAUUGAACUGGCAGAACCCAAGAAACACCGAAGAAAAGCCAAGUGGAAAAAAAGGAAAAAAGUAAUUAAUCAUAAAAGUUAACGUGUUUGUGUUUCGAUUGUAAGUUAAUAAACAUUUAAGGGCUUAA